AUGUCUACAUUUCGGGUCUUCUCUGACGGCAGCGUGCGAGAUCUGAACGGGGAGCCUGAGGCCCGGUGGCAUGGAGACGUUGCCGCCGCUGAUGGAGGGCCCGGAUCCGAACGCGUCGGAAUGCGGCGGCCAGGACAAAUUCCUGAUAUAUCACAUGCUUUGUCCUUAAGAGAGUUACAUCUCACUGGAAAUCAAAUUACAGGACAAAUUCCUGAUCUAUCACAUGCUUUGUCCUUAAGAGCGUUAUACCUCUCCGGAAAUCAAAUUACAGGACAAAUUCCUCAUCUAUCACAUGCUUUGUCCUUGAGAGAGUUAUAUCUCUCUGACAAUCAAAUUACAGGACAAAUUCCUGAUCUAUCACAUACUUUGAACUUAAGAGUGAUAGAUCUUUCUGAAAAUCAAUUACAUGGGGGCUUACCAGAAACUAUAGGGAAGCUAUCAAAGCUUAAUAAGUUGUCCGAUACCGAUAUUCAUAAAUUGCAGGGUUAUGGAUUUUGGUCUAUACUUGAUAUUUCUGAUGUAAUACCUAAUUGGUUUUGGAAUUUCUCCCGCAGGGUUAUGGAUUUUGGUGGGAAUGAGUUUGCGGGUAAAAUUCCAUCAUGGAUUGGAGGAUCUUUGACAGAUUUGCGUAUUAUGGAUCAUUUGGAAGUCCUUGAUCUUUCUAGGAAUAAACUUUCUGGUGAAAUUCCAAUUGGCCUUGCUCGUUUGAAUUAUCUCGCUGUUCUUGACUUGUCGAGCAACUUUUUAUCUGGCAAAAUCCCGAUCGGCACUCAACUGCAAAGUUUCAAUGCUUCUUCCUAUACCGGAAAUAUUAGAUUGUGUGGGGACCCACUUCCCAAAUGCUCCGCGAAUAUUCCUCCACAAAACAAAGACAAUGACUUUCAAGAAUAUGAUAGUUUUCUAAAUCGAGAGUUUUACAUAUCCAUCGUGCUAGGGUUCUCUUUUUGCUUUUGGGGAAUUGUAGUCACUUUGGUGCUCAAAGACUCUUGGAGAAUUGCAUACUAUGAGUUCUUGAAUGAUAUCAAAGAUUGGCUCUAUGUGAGAAUGAAGAUCUAUUUGGUCAAGAUGCAAAGAAAGCUACGCAUAUGA